AUGUCGACCGAGAACACCGCCCCAGCGACCAGACUCGGAGUAUCCAACGAAGACGCCUAUCGCAUGAGGUCGAUACAAGAUUUGAUGUCUCUCAAAGACAGGGUCACUGUCGUCACUGGAGGAGCACGAGGCAUUGGUUUGGCACUAGCAAGGGGAGCUGCGGAACUGGGAAGCGACAUCGCUGUUCUUGAUAUCCUCGAAAAGCCAUCUGAUGCUUUUCUUGAUCUCGAAAAAGGACUAGGCGUGAGGGCCAAAUACUAUCGCACAAGCGUCACUGAUCCGGAUGGCCUAACUCAAAGCUUCAAAGCUGUAGUGGAAGAUUUCGGUCGGAUAGACAACUGCGUCACAGCGGCUGGCAUCGUGCAUGACAAACCAUUCCUCGACACGACUUGGGACGAAGCGGCCAGGAUUCUGCAAGUCAAUGUGAUGGGCACAAUGCUCAGCGCACAACUGGCUGCCAAACAAAUGCGAGCCCAGAACACUGGAGGGAGUAUCGUGAUGAUAGCAUCGGUGACAGCUCAGUCUGCCCUGCCAACUCAGAGACUGAACAUAUACGCUGCUUCCAAAGGUGCUGUCAGGUCCCUUUGCCUACAGCUGGCAGUGGAGCUGGCUCCCCUUGGAAUUCGAGUAAACACAGUAUCACCUGGCUUCAUCGCCACCGAGAUGACCAAAGGGUUGGCCCUCACAAGACCUGAGUUGUUGACAGUGUUUAAGUCUGCACCGCCACUGGGAAGAAUAGGCGACAGAGCUGAUCUCAAAGGGAUCGUUGGAUAUCUUCUUAGCGAUGCAGCAGCGUAUACGACCGGCGCUGAUGUCCUCGUGACUGGCGGUGUGCAUGCCGGUCAGCUGUAG